UUCUCAGAGGGCAGGUUUUUGUUCCUCAUGUGAACCUUUAUAAAAAUACUGUCCAAUAGUGGUCUGAAGCUUCCUGCCUCAUUUCACUGAUCUGGCCUUGAUUCUCCUCUGCAGAAGAAAUUCAUUUAUUCUUUGUUGUCCAUGGCCCUGGCUCUGCACCCUGAGAGGAUCUCCUGUCCAUUAUCUUCCUUGACCUCAUCUGAAGUGAGUGGGCUUCCGUAUUGUCUCAGGCUCCACUGGAAAUGCAGCAAGGAUUCCUAGCACAUCCCAGUUGCCAUAGCAACAGCAGUCUUUCCCAUAAUGAGCUGCAUCAUCUGAACUGAUGUCACAGCAUCAUGCAGCAGGUCAAACAAGGCAUCUCCUAGUAUUGCAUCCUACAGAUGUGCUGUAAACAUCAAAAGGAGACGGUGGGAGCGGGAGAUGCUGUUUUGGAAAGAAGUAAGGUUUAGACUUCUCCAUGUUAACCAUGAGCGUGACACUUUCCCCUCUGAGGUCUCAGGACCUGGAUCCCAUGGCUACUGAUGCUUCACCCAUGGCCAUCAACUUGACGCCCACUGUGGAGCAGGGUGAGGGAGAAGAGGCAAUGAAGGAUAUGGAUUCUGACCAGCAGUAUGAAAAGCCACCCCCAUUGCAUACAGGGGCUGACUGGAAGAUUGUCCUCCAUUUACCUGAAAUUGAGACCUGGCUCCGGAUGACCUCAGAGAGGGUCCGUGACCUAACCUAUUCAGUCCAGCAGGACUCAGACAGCAAGCAUGUGGAUGUGCAUCUAGUUCAACUAAAGGACAUUUGCGAAGAUAUUUCUGAUCAUGUUGAGCAAAUCCAUGCCCUCCUUGAAACAGAGUUCUCCCUGAAGCUGCUGUCCUACUCGGUCAAUGUGAUUGUGGACAUCCACGCCGUGCAGCUCCUCUGGCAUCAGCUCCGAGUCUCGGUGCUGGUCCUGCGGGAGCGCAUCCUGCAGGGUCUGCAGGACGCCAAUGGCAACUACACCAGGCAGACAGACAUUCUGCAGGCUUUCUCUGAAGAGACAAAUGAGGGCCGACUUGAUUCUCUAACAGAAGUGGAUGACUCAGGACAGUUAACUAUCAAAUGCUCUCAAAAUUACUUGUCCCUGGAUUGUGGUAUUACUGCUUUUGAACUGUCUGACUACAGUCCAAGUGAGGAUUUGCUCGGUGGCCUAGGUGACAUGACCUCUAGCCAGGUCAAAACCAAACCCUUUGACUCUUGGAGCUACAGUGAGAUGGAAAAGGAGUUCCCCGAGCUCAUCCGAAGCGUUGGGUUACUCACGGUGGCUACUGACCCCGUCCCUCCCAACUGCAGCGAAGCAGUCAGGGAGGAGAGGUCGCAAGUACCUCUUUCAACAGAUGACAGAGGUGGAUGUGAGAAAAACAGUGCUUCUACCGUCGAGGAGCCACCAGGCUUAAUGCCCGGGACGUCAUCUUCAGGGGAAGCUCUGACAAAUGCUGAACAACCCCCUUCUGAGGCUGUGAAGCAAGAAUCCAGUUCCUCCUCCCAGCUUGGGGCAAAGAACCAACAGCCUCUGCCUUGUGAAAAUGCAACUCCCAAGCGAUCCAUCAGAGAUUGCUUUAAUUAUAAUGAGGACUCUCCCACGCAGCCCACGUUGCCAAAAAGAGGGCUUUUCCUUAAAGAGGAAACUUUUAAGAAUAGUCUGAAAGGCACUGUUACAAAGAAGCAGAUGGCUGAUCUCAAGCCUGAGUUGAGCAGAAGCACUCCUUCUCUGGUGGAAGCUCCUGACAGAUCCAAGCUUUGUCUGGUGUUACAGUCUUCCUACCCCAACAGCCCAUCCGCUGCCAGCCAGUCAUAUGAGUGUUUGCACAAGGUUGCAGAUGGGAAUCUUGAGAACACAGUCAAAAGUCACAUUAAGGAAAUAUCCUCCAGCCUGGGAAGGCUUAGUGACUGCCAUAAAGAGAAACCUCGACUUAAGAAGCCACACAAGGCCCCAGCAGAGGUGCCUCUGUGCCGAACACCCAAACGGGGAGCCGGUUCAGGCAAGCAAGCCGAAAACACGAGGAGCUCAGUAGUGUCGAAUGGGAUUCCUUCAGGUACUUCCAACGCCACAGAGAGGCCAGAAACAGACUCCGUUUCCACAUCCUCACUGGAGCCGUGUAACCAGAGAAGUUGGGAUGCUAAAUUGCCAGUGAGGUCAGAGACAUCCAGUUCACCACCUCUUACUCAAAGUAGUGAAUCUUCUGCUGGCUCAGACAGCAUCCUGUCUCCAGUGCCCCUUCUUUCAAAACACAAAGGCAAAAAAAGUUACUCCUCCUCCCCAAGUCACGUCACCAGGAACGGUCAGGUCGUGGAGGCCUGGUAUGGCUCCGACGAAUACCUGGCACUGCCCUCACACCUCAAGCAGACAGAAGUUUUAGCUCUGAAAUUGGAAAACCUAACAAAGCUUCUGCCUCAGAAACCCAGAGGAGAAACCAUUCAAAAUAUUGAUGACUGGGAACUGUCUGAAAUGAAUUCGGAUUCCGAGAUCUACCCCACGUACCAUGUCAAGAAGAAGCAUACGAGGCUAGGCAGAGUGUCUCCCAGCUCGUCCAGUGACAUAGCCUCUUCACUGGGAGAGAGCAUGGAGUCUGGCCCCCUGAGUGACAUUCUUUCUGACGAGGAGUUGUGUAUGCCUCUUUCUGGUAUGAAAAAAUACAUUGAUGAGAAGUCGGAGAGAGCUUCAUCCUCUGAGAAAAACGAGAGCCAUUCUGCCACAAAAUCUGCUUUAAUUCAGAAACUGAUGCAAGAUAUUCAACACCAAGACAACUAUGAAGCCAUAUGGGAAAAAAUAGAGGGGUUUGUAAACAAGCUGGAUGAAUUCAUUCAAUGGUUAAAUGAAGCCAUGGAAACCACUGAGAAUUGGACACCCCCUAAAGCAGAGACGGAUGGCCUUAAACUGUACCUGGAGACACACUUGAGUUUCAAGUUGAAUGUAGACAGUCAUUGUGCUCUCAAGGAAGCCGUGGAGGAGGAAGGACACCAACUUCUCGAGCUUAUUGCGUCUCACAAAGCAGAAGGACUGAAGGACAUGCUGCGGAUGAUUGCGAGUCAGUGGAAGGAGCUGCAGAGGCAAAUCAAACGACAACACAGCUGGAUUCUCAGGGCUCUGGAUACCAUCAAAGCUGAGAUUCUGGCUACUGAUGUGUCUGUGGAGGAUGAGGAAGGCACUGGAAGCCCCAAGGCUGAGGUUCAGCUAUGCUACCUGGAAGCACAAAGAGAUGCUGUUGAGCAGAUGUCCCUAAAGCUGUACAGUGAGCAGUACACCAGCAGCAGCAAGAGGAAAGAAGAGUUUGCUGAUAUGUCAAAAGUUCAUUCAGUGGGAGGCAAUGGGCUUCUGGACUUUGAUUCAGAAUAUCAGGAGCUCUGGGAUUGGCUGAUUGACAUGGAGUCCCUCGUGAUGGACAGCCACGACCUGAUGAUGUCAGAGGAGCAGCAGCGGCAUCUUUACAAGAGAUACAGUGUGGAAAUGUCCAUCAGGGACCUGAAAAAGACGGAGCUGCUUAGUAAGGUUGAAGCUUUGAAGAAAGGUGGCGUUUUACUACCAAAUGAUCUCCUUGAAAAAGUGGAUUCAAUUAAUGAAAAAUGGGAACUGCUUGGGAAAACCCUAGGACAGAAGAUCCAGGACACAAUGGCAGGGCACAGUGGGUCUGGUCCACGUGACCUGCUCUCUCCCGAAAGCGGAAGCCUGGUAAGGCAGCUGGAGGUCAGGAUCAAAGAACUGAAAGGGUGGCUAAGAGAUACAGAGCUUUUCAUCUUCAAUUCCUGUCUGAGACAAGAAAAGGAAGGAACAAUGAAUGCUGAGAAACAACUGCAAUACUUUAAGUCCCUCUGUGGUGAAAUCAAACAGCGACGACGUGGAGUGGCCUCCAUCCUGCGAUUGUGCCAGCAUCUUCUGGAUGACCGGGACACUUGCAAUCUGAACGCAGACCACCAGCCCAUGCAACUGAUCAUUGUAAAUCUUGAAAGAAGAUGGGAAGCCAUUGUCAUGCAAGCUGUUCAGUGGCAAACACGGCUACAAAAGAAGAUGGGAAAGGAGUCUGAGACUUUGAAUGUGAUUGAUCCUGGCUUGAUGGACCUAAAUGGGACAAGUGAGGAUGCCCUGGAAUGGGAUGAAACUGACAUAAGUAACAAGUUAAUUAGUUUGAAUGAAGAGUCAAAUGACCUUGAUCAAGAACCCCAACCUCUCAUGCCUUCCUUAAAGCUUGAAGAGAUAGGUGGUGAAGACCCUGGUUAUGAAGAAGAGGCAGGUGACCAUGGGGGGUCUCAGUAUGCCUCAAGUGUCACUGUCCCCUCUAGUCCACACAUUUAUCAAGUGUACAGCCUUCACAACAUUGAACUCUAUGAAGACAGCAGCAUGCCGUUCUUGAAAAACAACCCGAAGUUCACCAGCAUGACACAGCCUAGUGUUUUAACUAAGAGUCUCAGUAAAGACUCUUCAUUUUCAUCUACCAAGUCUUUGCCAGACCUUCUAGGAGGUUCCAGUUUGGUGAAGCCCUGCCCAUGCCAUGGAGGAGACAUGAGCCAGAAUUCAGGCAGUGAGAGUGGAAUCGUCAGCGAGGGAGACACUGAAACCACUACCAACUCUGAAAUGUGCUUGCUCAAUAUGGUGGAUGGGUCCCCAAGUAACCCUGAAACUGAACAUCUGGACCCACAAAUGGGAGAUGCAGUUAACGUGUUAAAGCAAAAAUUUAAAGAUGAGGAGGAACGUAUUAAGCUUCCAAAUAGCUCUCAGCCAUCCAUUUCACCAGUGGGUUGUGUAAAUGGAAAAGUUGGAGAUUUAAACAGUGUUACCAAAUAUACCCCUGAUUGUUUGGGAGAAGAAUUACAAGGAAAACAUGAUGUGUUUACAUUUUAUGAUUACUCGUACCUCCAAGGCUCAAAACUCAAAUUGCCAAUGAUAAUGAAACAGUCACAAAGUGAAAAAGCACAUGUGGAGGAUCCCCUGCUUCGUGGUUUUUAUUUUGAUAAAAAAUCCUGCAAAUCUAAACAUCAGGCUACAGAGUUACAACCAGAUGCACCUCCCCAUGAAAAGAUUUUGGCAAGUGCAUCCCAUGAAAUGGAUCGAAACUCAUAUAAAAGUGGCGAUGUGGAGAAGACAUUCACUGGCAUGCAGAAUGCCAGACAGCUCUCCCUUUUAUCACAUAGUUCAUCUAUUGAGUCUCUUUCUCCAGGGGGUGAUUUAUUUGGAUUGGGCAUCCUUAAAAAUGGCAGUGACAGCCUCCAGCGAAGCACUUCUUUAGAAAGUUGGUUGACAUCCUAUAAAAGCAAUGAGGAUCUUUUUAGCUGUCACAGCUCUGGGGACAUAAGUGUGAGCAGUGGCUCAGUUGGUGAACUGAGUAAAAGGACAUUAGAUCUCCUGAAUCGUUUAGAGAAUAUCCAGAGCCCUUCAGAGCAAAAGAUAAAGCGAAGUGUUUCUGAUAUCACUCUCCAAAGUAGUUCCCAAAAGAUGCCCUUUACUGGCCAGCUAUCAUUGGACAUAGCAUCCUCUAUCAAUGAAGACUCGCCAGCAUCUCUUACAGAACUUAGCAGCAGUGAUGAGCUCUCUCUUUGCUCAGAGGAUAUUGUAUUACACAAGAACAAGGUCCCGGAAUCAAAUGCAUCAUUCAGGAAGCGCCUGACUCGUUCUGUGGCUGAUGAAAGCGACGUCAAUGUCAGCAUGAUUGUUAAUGUCUCUUGCACCUCUGCUUGCACUGAUGAUGAAGAUGACAGUGACCUCCUUUCCAGCUCUACCCUCACCUUGACAGAAGAAGAGCUAUGCAUCAAAGAUGAAGAUGAUGAUUCCAGUAUUGCAACAGAUGAUGAAAUUUAUGAAGAAUGCAACUUGAUGUCAGGGCUGGACUAUAUAAAGAAUGAACUACAGACCUGGAUUAGACCAAAGAUUUCCUUGACAAAAGAUAAAAGAAGGUGUAAUAUCAGUGAUGAAAUAAAGGGCAGUAAGGAUGUAAGUAGUAGUGAGAUGACCAAUCCAUCUGAUACCCUGAACAUUGAGGCUCUACUAAACAGCUCCAUAAAAUGUCUCUCUGAAAAUAAUGGAAAUGGUAAGAACUUAUCCAACACCCAUGAGAUAGGGACAAAGGGUGAAAAUAAGAAAAAUGUUUUCAAAGUUAAUAAAGAUCCAUAUGUGGCUGACAUGGAAAAUGGCAAUAUUGAAGGCACUCCAGAAAGGCAGAAAGACAAACAGAAUGGGAUUUCAAAGGAAUCAGAUAAUCUUGGUUCAACUGGGAAAAAGAAUUCAGACAGUGAGCAUUGUAAGUGUAAAGUAUUUAUGGAUAGCUCAGAUGAUUCAAAUAUUGCUGGAAAAGAAUCUGUUCCCCAAACCGUUAGAUAUCGUCCAAAGAAAUGUCAAAACCACCACCAUGUUGAAAACCCAACUACUGCUUCUAUUCCCACUGAGAAGUCUUGCCCAGAACUGCCCUCAGAAACCAGCAUUAUCAAUAGACAGGAUUCUGAGGUACUGAAACCUUCACCUAAUGAUGUACCAAAUAUGGCUGGAAAAUCUGCUCCCUGCUGCCUAGCACUUGAACAAAAUGAAACAGAGGAGAAUGUUUCUGUCAGCGACAACAUUUCCUGUUGUGACUGUGAGCCAGAUGUUUUCCAUCAAAAAGAUGCUGAAGAUUGCUCAGUACAUGACUUUGUUAAGGAAAUCAUUGACAUGGCUUCAACGGCCCUAAAAAGUAAAUCUCAACCUGAAAAUGAGGCAGCUGCUCCUACCUCAUUAACUCAAAUCAAGGAGAAGGUGUUAGAACAUUCUCACCGGCCCAUCCAGCUGAGAAAAGGGGACUUUUACUCCUAUUUAUCUCUCUCAUCUCAUGACAGUGAUUGUGGGGAGGUCACCAAUUACGUAGAAGAGAAGAGCAACACUCCGUUGCCACUGGACAUUAGCGAUUCUGGCUUAGAAGACAAGGAGGACACGGAAUGCUUCUUUGAGGCCUGUGUUGAAGAUGACCCAGGUGGAGUUGAGCCCUGCCUCCCCAAUGCUCCUCCAAAUGAACCUGUUUCCGUUGAAGCUGCCUUGCCACAACAAGCAGCAUCUGGCUCUUCUAAGUUCAAUGAUAUUUCUCUUGUGGCCGAUGAGGAAGACAUGGUGGCUCUUUCAGGUUCUCCCCAUCAGAAAGAAUCUGAUGUUGGAAAGGAAGGGGGUGGUUUACCCCGAGCUACUGUCCAUGGGAAAAGCUCAGAGUUAACUACUUCAAGGCUGGGCAGUGAAAAGGAAAGUUUGGAAAACACAGGUGAAUCUGGAAUGCCAGGAGAACAUAAUGCUGCUUCAGCCAAAUCUAGAGUUCCAGGGCUCUCCUCAAAGGCAAAGCAGCCAAAAGACAAGGCUGCAUUGCAUCCCAACCCCAAAACUUUAACCUGUGAAGAAAACCUUCUAAAUCUUCAUGAAGAACAACAUAAAAAUAUGCAUAGGUAGAAUGCAACCCUCUCCACGCAUGAAAAUCAUCUCAUUGAAAGAUAAGCCUGGCUGUAACUCGGGGGUGGCCUCAUAGUCCCACCCUGGGCUGGUCUGUGGUUCCAUCACGUCACUGCCAUUUGUUACAUUGACCUCUCCCAAGAUGAAACUUCCCUCCGAAUGCGAUUUGUCCACAUGAGCCUUGUGAUCUGGAUUGUGCACUGGUUUUCUUUAGGUGAUUGUCUUUGAAGUUCGGCAAAGCUGCUUGUUCUCCCAUGGAUUCCUCUCCCAAGCUACCUCUACCAACCCCGCCUCUCCAGCGAGACUUUUCUGUUUGCCUCCUCCCUCCCCAUCUACUCUUUAAAGUUCUGCGGUCCACCAAAUUGAUGGUCCAUUAAAUUCACCUGUCUGGAAUGACCCCCCUCCCCCCCUCCCUGCCGGUACUUGACCAAUUUCAUGUUUCGAUCUGGAUUUUUUUAAAUGGUAUGAUGCCUAUGUUUAUUGAAAGAGAUUUACCUAAAAGGCCAACAUUUGAUUUGAUUGCAGCAUACAGAAGAAACACUGGUCCUUCUUUCAAAAUUAAGCAACUUAUAAAAGCGCCAUUUUAUUUAUUUCAUUUUAAAAAUAAUUAUCUAUGCAGCACUUCAAGAAACAACUAUAUGGUGUUGUAUAUUAUAAACUGGUGACAUUCUACUAUUAAAUUAUGUACAACAUUUUCGUUUUUUAUGCUUCUUGAGGUGGUAAUGAGAAAAAAGUUUUUUAAAAAAGUGUGCCUUGCUGUAUUUCUUAUACCAUUUAUUAAAAAGCUGCUUUCACGGUAAAAUUAUGUUGGUUUGAAAGGAGGAAAUAGCAAGGUUAAGAUGUGUGAAUAAUUUCUGUAUAUAUGUAUAACCAAGUACAAACAUUGAUGUAUAAUGACAGUAUAAAAUGCUUUCAUGUUUAUGAUGUCUAGUGAUGUGGAAAAUAUAAGCCUUAAACCAUUAGAUUGCAUGGUAAUUAAAAUUGGCAUAAUAAACAUAGUUCAUUGGGGGAAAAGGAAAAUCAGUGAUCUCUUCUACCUGUGUUCUUUACCAAAUUAUUACAUCUGGUUCUGGAAGAACUAGAAUAUGUAGUAGCUUCCAAAAUAUCCAUAUCGCAUAAGAGGCUUAAAAUUAAACUACAUGUGAAGCCUUUACAAUUUUCAAAAUCUUUCUGAUCACUGCAAAGAUCUUGGAACACAAAUGAUUAAAUGCCAGG